AUGAAGCAAAACGCCAUUCGCACAAUUUUCUUGCUUGUCUGCUGCCUUCUCGUCGCGUUGUCGCCUUCGCUCGCCGCCACGGUCAAACGCGCUAAUGGUGAUGUUGGAUAUGCCUUAUUCCAGAAAUCUGCCACUCAUACUGUGUCUGGAGCUGUCACAUUUUACCAGCUCAAUGCAGACACUAUCAUUUACGGCCAAUUCAAUACUGGACUUGUUAACGUCAGCGGCUGCAGACUGUUAAUUAUCACGUCUAGUACUACUUCAGUCGACUUAACGCCCUUCGUCGCCCAGUUUCCCGUUCUAAAUGGUGGAACAGGAGCCUUUCAGUUUACUCUUCCGGGAACAACUCUUCGAGACUUCAAAAACAAGCACCUCGUUAUCAAAUGUACUACACCGGCAGCGACGAUUGGCGAUGCAAAGAUCAAAGUCAUACCAUAG